CUCCUUUAUAUUUUGACAGCCGUAUUUUUGUUUACAAUUUUGCUUUUACAAAUUCUAGAAAAAAACAUUUUUCAUUAAUUAAACGUUUUUAAGGAAAUAAUAUGGAUAUUGGAGAAUUAUUAUCAUUUAAACCCGAAUCUACACCAAAAAGGCCACACGAGGAUGAUGACGAUUAUGGUGGUGGCUCACCGGAACAUCAUAACUCCUCGCGACAAGAUGAAAAAUCCCGACGUUUGAAACGCAUAGCACAGGCUAAAGAAACGGCAGAUUUUGCUAAACCAGAACCACCAACUUUGGCAGGGGUACCGUCAUUUUUAAUGGAUCCUGAAUUAACGGAGGAGGAACGUUUAAAUAUUUUAAAAUAUGUCGAGAGUGAAGAAGCCGAAGGCGAUGUCUUAGAUGAGCAGGGCUUAAAGAAAUUGUUGUUGGUAUUUGAAAAGAAAAAUUUAAAGAAUCAAGAGUUAAGAAUCAAAUAUCCCGAUAAUCCAGUUAAAUUUAUGGACUCCGAGGUAGAGUUACACAGUGUUAUACAGGAAUUAAAGGCCGUGGCCACGGUGCCUGACUUAUAUCCACUGUUAGUGGAGUUAAAUGGUGUAGCUAGUUUAUUGGAGUUAUUAAAUCAUCCGAAUACUGAUAUAUCAGUGGCUAUAGUGGAUUUGUUGCAGGAGGUUACAGAUGUGGAUAUUUUGGGUGAAAGUAGUGAGGGUUGCGAUGUUCUUAUAGAAGCUUUACGCAAACAGCAGGUUACAGCUCUUCUAGUUCAAAACUUAGAACGCCUUAAUGAGCAGAUUAAGGAGGAGGCCGAUGGUGUACACAACACAUUAUCCAUUAUAGAGAAUUUAACCGAAAUUAAUAGUGAGGUGGUGCGUGAAGCUGCACAACAGGGUUUGUUAAGUUGGAUUUUAAAAAGACUUAAACAAAAGCCACCCUAUGAUGCCAACAAAUUGUAUUGCAGUGAAAUCUUAUCUAUACUUAUACAGACUAACAAUGAAAACAGACUUAUGUUGGGCGAGGUGGAUGGCAUUGAUAUUUUAUUGCAACAAUUGGCUUUUUAUAAAAAACAUGAUCCCGCCUCCAAUGAAGAACAGGAAUAUAUGGAAAAUCUCUUUAAUUGUAUGUGUUCUGCCCUAAUGGCGAAAGAAAAUCGUGAACGUUUCUUAAAAGGUGAAGGUUUACAGUUGAUGAAUUUAAUGUUAAGAGAAAAGAAAAUGUCCCGAAAUGGUUCGUUAAAAGUACUCGAUCAUGCCAUGUCCGGACCGGAUGGUAGAGAUAAUUGUAAUAAAUUUGUAGAUAUAUUGGGUUUGCGUACCAUUUUUCCUUUGUUUAUGAAAACACCCAAGAAAAACAAACGUUUACUAUCGGCCGAUGCUCAUGAGGAGCAUGUUUGUGCUGUUAUUGCCAGCAUGUUGAGAAAUUGCAAAGGAGCUCAACGUCAAAGGCUUUUAUCGAAGUUUACCGAAAACGAUCAUGAAAAGGUAGAUCGUUUAUUGGAAUUACAUUUAAAAUAUUUAGAAAAGGUGGAAGCUGUCGAUAGAGAACUUGAUCAGCAGGAAAAGGAUGAAGAUGACGAGGAUGAGGAGGCAGAAAACAAUUAUAUUAAACGUUUAACGGGCGGUUUAUUUACUUUACAAAUGAUUGACUAUAUUAUUUUGGAAAUUAGUUCUACCACUGAAUCCAUUAAACAGCGUGUGGUUCAAAUACUUAAUUUAAGAGGUGCCUCGAUGAAGACCAUACGCAGUAUUAUGCGUGAGUAUGCUGGCAAUUUGGGAGAUGAUGGCGAUACGGAUUGGAAGGAACAGGAACAAACUCAUAUUUUAUCGUUAGUUGAUCGUUUUUAAAGUCGGUUUCAAUGGAUUUUUUUUAUGUUUAAAUAAAUAUAAAUUCAAAUUAA